CAUAUCUUUUGCAUUGUAUACUCCAGAUGUUUCGUUUUCGUGUUAAAGUCUAGAGAUUUCGAUUUCUUCCUAUAAAUACAUUCUUCGAUGCUCCGUGUUCACUCAGAAGUCGAAAUUUAAAAUUUCAGAAAGACAAACAAAACAAUCGAAUCUAGAAGUGUACUUCUUGUAAUAACAUUCGAAAAAUGUCGAUGAUUCCGAGCUUCUUCGGCAACAACAGGCGUGGCGGCAGCAGCUUCGUCGAUCCUUUUUCUCUUGAUGUUUGGGACCCGUUCAAGGACUUUCCAUCAUCUUCUUCGUUCUCACGGGAGAACUCUGCGAUUGUGAACGCGCGUGUGGACUGGAGGGAGACUCCUGAGGCGCACGUGUUCAAGGCGGAUUUGCCUGGGAUGAAGAAAGAGGAAGUGAAGGUGGAGAUCGAGGAUGACAGCGUGUUGAAGAUCAGUGGGGAGAGGCACGUGGAGAAGGAGGAUAAGAACGACACGUGGCACCGUGUGGAGAGGUCGAGCGGGCAGUUCACGAGGAAGUUUAGGCUGCCGGAGAAUGUGAAGAUGGAUCAGGUGAAGGCUGCGAUGGAGAACGGGGUUCUGACUGUGACUGUGCCAAAGGCGGAGAUGAAAAAACCUGAUGUCAAAUCUAUCCAGAUCUCUGGCUGAUUCAAGCAUCCCAGGGCUCUGGUUCGAACUUGAGUAUGUAUCCUCGUGUGCUUUGGGUUCUUGUCUAUCCCAGUUCUGGUGUUUGUGAGUGUCUGUUUAGAGUUUCAAUGUAAUGGUUGUGAAAUGGUGUGUGUCCUUCCGUGAUGUUGAAUAAACUUUAUUAGUAUUAAGUUAA